UCACAUGUGGUUUUAGUUUUCAUAGAGAACGAUGGAGGGAGGGAGCGUCCACUGCACAUGUGUGGUGGAGUACCAGGAUGUCGUCGGGCAGACGCUCAGGAAGCAGGUGCUUAAGACGGCUGUGCUCGACCUGGGCCGUAACGAGCUAGGAGACGUAGUACUCCGUGUGGCCCACGGCGAGGGAACCCUGGGACCUCUCACCGUCCGCCAGCACGCCGUCCACAGACGUUUCGUGAGCGAAGGCAAGGCCUCCAUUCGCCUUAUGACGCAAAAGAUGCAACUCCUGGUCUCCAACUGCCCCCCGGCCCAGCUGCGGCAGUUUCUACAGAGCCUCUCCCUGAAACUGGCCGCCAGGGGGAAGCUGCAGGGAGCAAAGUCGCGAAUGCUCCCAGACUCUGCUCUGGGGUUCGACGAAAUCAGCCCUCUGUGCGAGAAAGACCUCGAGAAAGCGGCAAAGAACUGCACUAAAAUCACUGCCACCUUGACCACUCCCAAGAGGCAACAAGAGACAAGUGGGCGCCCUCCGAAACGGAAACUCUCCGACAUCAGCAACACAGUAACUUCCAGAGCAACAGGAGGAGGAAAGACGGACGAAUUCUCUUCAGGCCAGCCCAUCAAGAAACCUUGCACCGCAUCAGUUCUGAGAGGGGUGCAUUCUCACUGUCGGAAGAACAGAUGAAAGUGUUGGAGAUGGUCAAAAACGGAGAGAGCGUGUUUUUCACUGGCAGUGCAGGGACGGGGAAAUCUUACCUCCUCAAGCAAAUCAUCAGUGUCCUACCACCCGUGUCGACGUUCCCCACAGCUAGCACGGGCUCAGCAGCCUGUCAUAUCGGAGGAACCACUCUCCAUGCAUUUGCAGGGAUCGGUAGUGGGGCUGCCCCACUUGACCAGUGCCUGAGCCUGGCCUCAAGACCACACAAGGCGGCUCAGUGGAGGAAAUGCCGCUGUCUUAUCAUCGACGAGAUAUCAAUGGUCGAUGCAGACUAUUUCGAUAAGCUUGAUGCGGUUGCAAAAUCCGUGCGGAAAUCAAAGAAGCCAUUUGGUGGAAUCCAACUGGUGUUGUGUGGGGAUUUUCUACAGCUGCCUCCGGUGGCCAAGGAGGGAGAGAAGAAGUACUGUUUCCAGGCAAAGUGCUGGAAGUGGUGUGUAACACGAAGCGUGGAGCUCACGGAAAUCUACCGACAGAACGACAAACAGUUCAUCGCUCUCCUCCAGAACAUCAGAAUUGGACGGUGUCCACCGGCAGUCACGAAGCUGCUGCAGGCCACCAAACACCAGCCGAUAGAGUCAGGAGGUAUCAAGGCCACGAGACUCUACACCCACACAGCGGACGUGGAGGCCACCAACAGGAAACAGCUGGGGGUUCUGAAAGGAGAGGUUCACAAGUUUCCAGCCCACGACAGUGACCCUGGACUCAGCAGCCAGCUGGACAACCUCUGUCCAGUCACUGCAUCUCUACAACUCAAACAGGGGGCUCAGGUGAUGUUGGCAAAGAACAUUGACGUGUCCAGAGGACUGGUAAAUGGCGCCAGGGGAGUUGUGAUCAAAUUUGACACAUCAAACAGAGGGCUGCCAGUGGUAAGAUUUACGUCUGGUCUCGAGAUGACCGUGUCACCAGAGAAGUUCCUCGUCAAGAUGGGAGGCGGAGUCAUGGCCGUUCGUCGACAGCUGCCUCUCCGACUUGCCUGGGCCAUCUCAGUACACAAGAGCCAGGGUAUGACUCUGGACUGUGUGGAGAUAUCGCUGGGCCGGGCAUUCGAAGACGGACAGGCCUACGUGGCACUGUCGAGAGCUCGGAGUCUCAAAACCAUGCGAGUCACAGACUUCCAGCCAUCCUGUGUGAGAGCCCACCCCCAGGUCCUCGACUUCUAUAGGUUUCUGAGGAGAAUGAGACACAACUACAUCUCUCCAGUCUCAUAA